GUUUGUAGAUACAAAUGCAGAUACAGAUACAUUUGAGGGGAUUUGUGGAUGGUUUCGAGCAGUCAGUUGUGCGGACGCUUCGAAAUGGCCAGCACGGAGAGCUUAGAUGGCAGCGCCGAUGACAUCUCGGCGGUGCCGCAGGUGGGUCACCUGACCACCGAACCACAGGAGCUGGAGUGUCCUGCCUGCCAGCAGACACAAGUCACCCGAGUAGCUCGAGAGGCGGUAACCGUGACGCAGAAGAUAGUGUGCUCCCUAAAUGUGCUUCUAUGCUGCAAUCCCAUUCGCUGGGAGGGUCGCCAUGACACCAACCACUACUGUAGCUCAUGCGGCUGCUUCAUCGGACGACACAUUACCCUUAGCUGGUACAAAAGGACAUUCUUCCGGCUCCGAAGAGACGAUGUGGAAGACAACAUACAGUGGCGUCAGGAGAGUAAAGAAGAUCAUAAUGAUAUUCAAUAAAUAAAAUAAAUAAUAUAAAUCGAAAA